UGUGACGGAAAAUAUGAAAAAUUUUGCAAAAUUUUCUGGGAACUAAACAAGGCCUGAAGCGCCGCAAGCCCCACCUCUCGCCGCCGACAAACGGCACCGGCGAGCCAUCGCCGAUGACCACCUCUGGCGCGCCCAAGCCCCCAGGCUUCAAGCGCUCCUCGCCCAGGAAGAAGUCGCGGCUCAGAAGCCGCCGCGUCGCCGCCGGAGACGGAGAGGGCAAGGCCGAGGCCGAGGCGGCGGGGACCCCGGCGUUGGCGAGGGCAUUGCUUCCCCACGCAUCGGUGGAGUUGGACGCGGUGCCGCCUGUUGGGUGCACAUUGCCGCGAGACUUCUUCGAGGUGGAUGCGCUCGACCUCGGCCCCCGCCUCCUCGGCAAGCUCCUGCGCCGCGACGAGGUCGUCCUCCGCAUCACCGAGGUGGAGGCCUACAGGCCAAAUGAUUCCGCAUGCCAUGGCCGGUUCGGCAUCACAGCAAGGACUGCUCCAGUGUUUGGACCGGGAGGCCAUGCAUAUGUAUAUCUGUGCUAUGGACUCCACAUGAUGCUCAAUGUUGUUGCCGAUAUAGAGGGUGUUGGUGCUGCUGUUUUGAUCCGGUCAUGUUCUCCAGUUAGCGGUCUUGCAACUAUUCAGCAGCGCAGAGGUCAACAAACAGAGAAACCAAUCCUACUUACAGGACCAGGAAAGGUUGGACAGGCUCUGGGCCUAUCCACUGAUUGGUCGAACCAUCCUCUCUACACACCUGGUGGUUUGGAGGUAUUGGACGGGCCAGAGCCUGAGAGCAUUUUGGUUGGUCCCCGCGUCGGCAUCGAUUAUGCAUCCCCCGAGCAUGUCGCUGCGCCGUGGAGGUUCGCCAUUGCCGGCACGCCGUGGAUCAGCGCCCCAAAAAAUACACUCCGGGCACGCUGAGGACCUGGCAUAGCACGGGAAGGGAAGCAUGAGGAUGAACUGAGCAAUGCCUGAAUAAGAAACCGCUCGAGUCCCCUUUCCACCCAACCCGAAUUGACAUGUGUUUGUAUUUGCUAGACACUUCGUAGUGCUGCCUAUAACUGGCUCUUGUAAAUGUAUCGCUGUCUUUAUUAUUUCGUACGUACAAGUAUUACAGAAAGCAGCAAAAGACUCCGCUCUUCAGCCAGGAUGAAAGGGGCCUUCCUCUGUUUUAUUCUCA